UAACAUUGACAAUUGACGUCAAUAUUGUCGCCAAUUUGAAUUUCAAUUUGUUUUGAGUCCAGGUAGAAGGUGCUGUCUGGUACUCGCUUCAGGCAUAGGUGAAUAUAAUUAAAUAUACGCGUUUUAUUAAAAAAAAUUAAAGAGGGAAAGGAAGAAGUAAUUUUGUGCUAUUGAAAAUGUGGAAAAAUGACUCGAACGCCGGCAAAUCAGUGGGCAGCAACAACUUGGAUAAUAAGAGCCAUGAUACAGUGUUCAAUGAGCUGAUGCAGGAGUGCAAAGUCAGCCCCGCAGGUGCGCGCCUCUCCACGAAGGUCCGGAAUGAGCUCGAGAAGAUGCGGCCGGAGGAGCGGACCGAGCUGUGCCGGCGCAAGCGCGAUGGCUGCGCGCCGCUGUUCGUGGCGAGCAAGCGCGGCAACGUGGAGAUCGUGGAGUACCUGAUCCACGUGUGCGCGGCGGAUCUGGAGCAGCGCGGCGUGUUCGAGGUGGCCGAGGAGAACGCGGUGCACACGGUGACGCCGCUGUGGUGCGCCGCGGUGGCCGGGCGGGUACCGGUGCUGCGCGCGCUGGUGGAAGCGGGCGCCGAUCUGAACGCCUGCAGCGACAGCGGCUCGACGCCCGUGCGCUCCGCCUGCUUCAUGACGCGCGUGGAGGCGGUCGAGUUCCUGGUGGAGCGCGGCGCCGACAUCCACCGGCCCAACCACAACGGCGGCACGUGCCUCAUCAACUCGGUGCAGUCGCCGCGGCUGCUGAAGCUGCUGCUGGGGCGCGGCGCCAAGGUGGACGCGUGCGACAUGCAGCGCAAGACGGCGCUGCACUACGCGGUGCAGGAGCAGCGCGUGGAGGCGGCGCGCCUGCUGCUGCAGCACGGUGCCAACCCGCGCCUCGUCUGCUGUUCCGGUGACGACGCGCUGCGCCUCGCCUGCCUCAAGGGCGCGGCGCAGGCGGUGGCGGUGCUGACCGAGGCGACGCACUUCUGCCCCGCGCGCGUCGCCGACGCCUACGAGCUGCUCGGCGCCACGCAGCUCGACGACUUCAACGACCUGACGGCCACGCUCCUCGCCUGGCGCCGCGCCACAGCGAUACGGAACGCGUACGGGCCGUACAUAGACAAGCGGCCGCAGCGGCCCCCGCAGCCGGCGCUGGGCAACGUGCGCGAGUGGCGCACCGCGGCCGAGCUGGAGACGCUGGCGCUGGACGUGGACGCCGUGCGCACGCAGUCGCUGCUGGUGGCCGAGCGCGUGCUGGGCCCCGCGCACAAGGAUACCAUCUUCAGGCUCAUGUACCGCGGCGCGGCGUACGCGGACGCGUUCCGCUACCAGCGCUGCAUCGACCUGUGGACCUGGGCGCUGCAGAUCCGCCUCCACAAGGACUCGCUGCUCUUCAGCGACUCGUCCACGGACACGUGCCACACGGCGAGCGCGUUGACGCGGCUGCUGCUGGACGCGCACGGCAGCCGGCUGGAGCGCGCGCGCGGGCUGCCGCGGCACGUGGACGUGGUGCGCGUGUUCGCGCUGCUGGCCGAGCACCUGCCCUCGUGCCGGCGCGCGCUGGACGCGCGACCAGUGCACAAGAAGCAGGCGGAGACGUUCGACCGCGCGCUGCGCUGCGUGACGCACCUGCUGCACCUGCUGGCGGAGACGCGCGGGGCGCAGCGCGCGGCGGUGUGCGCGCGCGUGCGCCGCCUGCUGGCCGCGGACGUGCGCAGCGCCCACACCGGCGACACGCUGCUGCACCUCGCCGUGUCGCGCCUCAACGUCGUCCGCUCCACGUACUUCGCGGACGAGGUGCCGGACCCGCCGGUGUUCCCGUCUGUGGGCGUGGUGACGCUGCUGCUGGAGUGCGGCGCGGACCCCUGCCAGCGCAACGCGGCGCGCUCCACGCCGCUGCACGUCGCCGCCAUACCGUACAACUUCUCCACGGAGCUGGUGGAGCGGCUGCUGGAGGGCGGCGCGCACAUCGACCAGCCCAACAAGUUCGGGGACUGCGCGGGCGAGCUGAUCGCGCUGAACCGCGGCUCGCGCGUCUGCCCGCUGCGCUACACCACGCUGCGCUGCCUGGCCGCGCGCGCCGUGCUCGCCUCGCGCCGCCCCGUGCCGCGCCACGCUCUGCCCCACACGCUGAACCGCUUCCUGCAGCUGCACCGCCCCUAGGCGAUCCCUGACCCACCUUUUUUUUGCUGCAAAAUCUAAACUUGUUAAGGUAUUUUUUACAAAUAAUCCAAUAUUAACUAAAAAUUGUCAAAACGCCUUUACUACACUGGCUCUACUAUAUUAUUUUACUGAAAAUGUAGAAUGUAAGCGACCGCGGCGGCGGUGAGGCGCCGCUCCCUCCUCACGCGUUGCACACCGUUAUUUAUAUAAACAAAUAAUAACAUCUUUGUUCUUUUUAAGUUUUAAUAAUAGAAUUGACCGCCGACUGCCGACCGCCGACCGCCGCUCCUCCGCCGCCGACAGACGUAGCCUGCUCCAGUACAGCAGCCGGCGACGUGCUCGUGGUCUGCAUCUCCGCACCACUCUGCAGACAUGUGCCUACAUCACGAAGUUCCUGUCUACGGCCUAUUCCAAGUGCUUUUCCCUUUCCCAUUAAUUCCACGAUAGAGUGGGAAAGGGAAAAGUCCGCACUUUGUGGCGAGGAGGAUGCGACCACUGGGAGUGGCCAGUGGUCGCUUCAUGUUAUAGAUAAAUCCGGAGGGCGAGUGCUCGGUCGUCUUGGACUUUCAUUUAUUAUUUAUUGAAUUUAUGUUUAGGAUUUUUUAGUUUUAUUUACAUUUGUUACGUUUUGUCAGAUUUUGAUGAUUGUUCGACUUCGACUAAGCAGUGUUUGUUAUUUCGUAAUGUCGCGUCGUCUCUAACCUUUGUACUGUAAGUACUGACAGUGAUGCUGUGAUCUUCUCUCCUGAGCGCUCCGCCUAUUGUAUUUAUUUGAAUACUUUUUCAGCACAAACAUGUCGCUCACAACUUCCUGUGUAAGUGUGCGUCGCAAUCUCUAUAUGUUUCUAUGUUAUACAUCGAUAUAAUGUAAUGAUGUAGGUACAAUCCCCUCUCCCCCCCUCCCUCCUCCCCCCCUCAAUCUCUAUGUACAAGUUAACUUUAUAUGAAUGUAUUAUAUUUGUAGGAAGUGAUGCGUAUCAUAGUUAACAUGUGUCAGUGUGAGGGAGGGACAAUGUUACAAUGUGAUCUCGCGUCAUCUCUCCUCACUAGGUUUAGUACAAUACUUAGUAGUAGUAAGUAGAACUUUGUCCAAGACAAAGUGUAUGUGUUACUACAUAGACAUGUUAUUUGCACAGAACCUUUAACAAAUUAUUUAGUAUUUCUUGCGGAUGUUUCUGCGGAUGAAUUGUGCGAAUUAUUCGAGCGCGCUUGCUGUUACUGUCUCUUUCUCCUGCAAGAAAGGUUUUUGUGAUGGGAAUAUGAAGAUAAUUGUCACAUCCCUAUGUAGUGUAGUUGUUCAUGAACAUGUUUAAUCAAAUCGUAUACGUUAUCUCAAAUAAAGGAUGUACUCUU